CGUGAUGAGACGAAGUGGGUUGACAUAAUUAUUUAUUUGGGAAUUUGGUUCCAUUCCGGUAGAAGCGGAGACCAGAAUUCGAAUUAGGAGUUAGGAGGGAAAGAGAGUUGGGAGUUUGGUGUAUGGGCGGGCUAUGGCGAACCUGUCGAGCCUUCUACACAAACUUCGAGAGCGCAUAGCAAGGCAACCCAACCACCAAAACGACGACGAUUUGAAGGCCCUUUUCCGCGACGUUCUUCCCAAUCUCCUCCGCACCUAUGUCGUCCCCUCCGCAGACAAACACAGAGAGGUGGUUGCCAUACUUAAACUCUCCGCACAUGUCGCCAACAACUUUCCGGGAGUGUUUUAUCACGGCAAGCCUUCCGCCGUGUUGCCGGUCAUUGCUCGCAUAUUGCCCUUCUUUGCUGAAUCCGCAUUUAAGGCUCAACAUGGGGUGAUUUUUGAAACGGUUGUAUCCCUGUUGUCACUGCUUCGUACGGGGGAUCGAGAUGCUUACAGGCUAUUCUUUAUGGAUGCAAUGUUGUUGGUUGAAGAUCUUGUGGAUGUGGCUUUGGUCUGUGAAAGGCAAUGCUAUAAAGGAUCAAGAAAAGUAUCUUUGAAGUGUUUCACCGAAUCUUUUUCUGGAGCUUGGGAUGAACCAUCCGCUCUCUGUGAUCUUCCCCAGUGCUGUAAAGCAGAUGAUAGCUAUGGCAUUUUGAUUAAUCUGACUGGGAAUGAAAGAUGUCAACUUUUUGCUUCUUUUGCUAUCAAGGUGCUUUCUAAAUGUUUAACUGAAGGAACUCUAUAUGUUGAAGGACUCUUGAAUACCUCUUGUGUCCUGGCCAUCUGCAAGCUUUUGUGCUAUGGAGAUGCUGAUCUGCACAUGGUAUGCUUUGACUUUGUGCACCUUGUUGGAGCCAUGAGUUAUGAAAUUGUUCCUGCUGAAAGGUUAAUACAACUGAUAACAAUUAUAUUACAUGAAGGCAAGGGGGAACUUCCAGUCUUCAGAAACACUAUGUAUGAUUCAUCCAUGGGUGGAUGCCUUCACUUAUUACACUCCCGUUGCCCAGUUGAUGUUGUCAGGUCAACAGCUACAGAUUUAGUGAAUGUCUUUCCCCAGUCAUUGCUUAGAACAAGAAGUCAAGAGCUCAAGGGUGCUCUCUGCUGUGCUUACUCUCGUGUUGUUAAAUAUUGCCCCCCUCAUAUAUGGAGACCCGAAUUUCUUAUUAAAUUGCUCUACUCAUCCAGUCCAAUUGUCCCAUUAAUAGAGUGUUUUGAGGUUGCUUUAUCCAGUCUCCAAUCUAAUAUUUCUGGAGGGGAAAUGGUGAAUGAUGGUGGUGUGUGUUUAUCAACCUCAAACUCUAGUGUGUCUGAGAACCCAAGAGUUGGAGAGAAAAGGCCUCAGGACAGCAUGGAGACCUCUAAGGCAAAACUUCAAAAGUUUGAAGGUGAAUUUGUGGGUUCUGGCAUGAAAUGUGAGGAUUUAAACAAGCUUAUAUAUGAAUCUCCUUUUAUGCGAGACAAAGAAUAUGCUAACUACAUGCAUAGCUCCUUGAAGAUGUUUGUUCAACUUUUGAAACCUCUUAGCGACAGAGACAACUCAUUGGGACCAGAAGUUGCACUGACAGCUCUUAGUACACUCUGCAUUGUUUUCUGUAAAUACCCAUGUAACAAUCUCUUGCUUCAGAUAUUUCAGCAUAUGUGUGAAUGGGUACCUUGGAUUGAUGAACAGGUUCAGCAAGGACUUCCACUACUCUUUGAUUUAUCAAUUUUUCUAGAUGCUGUUAACAACCUUUUGCUCUUAAAAGGCUCCAUUUCUGUGGAGGAGGAGUUUCUCAAUAGUAUAAGUGGUCUUCCAAAUAUGAUGCGACCAUUGCUAAGGCUGCCGUGGUCAAAUUCUAUAUCAAUUAAUUCCCAGCCACCAUGGAAGGCAAAAUGCCUCUCACUGCAGGUUCUUUCAAAGAUUGGACCCUGGUUGCAAAAUGGAAAUGAUCUUGAUAUUUUAGAUCUGGGUCUUCUUGAUGAAAUGGAGGAGGUUAGAAGAGAAGCUGUUUAUUCCAUGCCAAUAAUAGUCAUGUGGUGUGGUUAUGGUUUGCUAACACAUAUGUUCAAGAGACUGGAGAUUCUAGAGAAAGAGAUGGAUGGGCGAACUAAGAAGAUCAUCCCCCAUGCACUUGGUUAUUUAGCAUGCCUUUAUGGAUCUUACUGUACUGGUGCUGUUCUUUGUGAAGGUAAAUGCAAAUUAUACUUUCAGAAGGAUGUCGGAAAACAAGAUUUGACAGUGGAUGGUCUUUUGAGAGUUUGGUGUUCAAAAUGUGACACAGAUGUACCUGGUAAUGAAUUGAAUUCAAAAAUUUUACACCUGCCUAAUGUUCAAGAUAUAGGAUUUGCUGAAGACUAUGGUUAUAAUCAUUUGCAAUCCCUCUUCUUCAAAUUGCUUUAUGACGAAUCAUCAGAAGAUAUUCAAGUUUCUUGUGUAGAUGUAAUUCAGCGAAUUCUUCUCCAUGUAACAGAAAGUAUUCUUCUCACAACAAGAUGUGAAUGGUUGAAAUGUAUUGAUUACCUACUCCUUCAUAGGAUAAAGGCGGUGAGAGAAGCAUUCUGUGCAAAGGUUGGUUUCUUCCUUGAGGAACCUAUUCUGAAUUGUUUAUUCUUGGAUGGGGAACCAAACAAAACCAAAGAACAAAAGUUCAUGGAGAAAUUAAAAGAUGCUCUUUCAGCAACUGAUGAUCCCUUGGUGCAUGAAACUCUUCUAGAAGCUGCAGUGAAUGUUAUGAACACAGUUGAUGUACACAGCCAGUUCUUUUUCUUCUCUCUUAUUCUAUUAAUUGACCAGCUUGAUAACCCUCACUUGCAAGUGAGGAUAAUAGCAUCAAGGUUGAUAAGAGGCUCUUGCUACUUUCAUACUGAAGAUGGAUAUGAACUCCUUCCCAAAGUUCUUUGUAUCAGAAAUGAAUUGUAUGAUUAUCUUUCUUCAAGGCUUGCUAGCUCUCCAAAAAUUGUGGAAGAGUUUGCACUGGCAGUGCUUGACAUUGAAACUGAAAAACUUGUGAAAAAGAUGGUCCCUGUUGUUCUUCCAAAGCUCAUUGUCACACAAAAGGGUGGUGAUGAAGUAAUUACAAUCUUGCAUGAGUUGGCCAAGUGUUUAAACACGGAUAUGGUGCAAUUGAUUGUUAAUUGGCUGCCUAAAGUACUUGCUUAUGCUCUUCAUCGAGCUGAAAGACAGGAUUUACUAUCUGUUCUGCAGUUCUACCAUGAGAAGACAGGUUCUGACAACCAAGAGAUUUUUUCUGCUGCAUUGCCUGCUCUCUUGGAUGAACUUGUGUGUUUUACAGAUGAAGAUGUCAAAGAGAUAAACAAAAGGUUGAUGAGGGUGCCUCAGAUGAUAAAAGAAGUUGCAAGAAUUCUGACUGGAAAUGAAGAUCUUCCUGGAUUUUUGAGGAAUCAUUUUGUUGGUCUCCUUAAUAGCAUUGAUCGGAAAAUGCUUCAUACAAAGGACAUAUCACUUCAAAGACAAGCUGUUAAACGGAUUGAGAUGCUUAUUGAUCUGAUGGGUUCCCAUCUUAGCACUUAUGUUCCAAAACUUAUGGUUCUUCUCAUGCAUGCUAUAGAUAAGGAACCACUCCAGGGUGAUGGUCUUUCUGUUUUCCAUUAUUUUAUCAAGCAACUAGCUCUGGUAUCACCAUCUAGUACCAAACAUGUGAUUUCCCAAGUGUUUGCUGCUCUUGUUCCCUUCUUAGAGAGGGAGAAAGAAAAAUCCUCUUCACACUCGCCGAAAAUUGUGGAGAUUUUGGAAGAACUUGUGACCCAAAAUAGAGCAAUCCUAAAGGAACAUAUCCGUGAGUUCCCUCCAUUGCCUAAUAUUCCUGUUCUUUCUAAAGUGAAUAGUAUAAUACAAGAAGCACGUGGGCCAAUGAGCUUGAAGGAUCAAUUGCUAGACAUUGUUGAUGGGCUCAACCAUGAAAAUUUGAAUGUUAGGUAUAUGGUAGCAUCAGAAUUGAGCAAGUUGCUGAACCUUAGAAGGGAGGAUGUCAUGGCUUUAAUUACUAAGGAAGGGGAUCCAAGUAUGGAUGUUAUGAGCAGUUUGAUUACAUCCUUACUUAGAGGGUGUGCAGAAGAAUCAAGAACUAUGGUUGGGCAGCGGCUGAAGUUGAUUUGUGCCGAUUGUCUUGGAGCACUUGGAGCUGUGGAUCCUGCCAAAAUCAAGGGAUUUUCAAACACACGUUUCAAAAUUGCAUGUUCAGAUGAUGAUCUUAUUUUUGAAUUGAUCCACAAACAUCUAGCCAGGGCUUUCAGAGCAGCACCUGACACUAUUAUUCAAGAUUCAGCAGCUUUGGCUAUACAGGAACUUCUAAAGAUUGCAGGUUGUGAGGCAUCUCUUGAUGAAAAUGUUUCAGGUUCUUUAUCAAAGAGAAUAAGUAAACAACCUUUGAAGUCACUUGCAUCUACACCGAAAAGCUCUGGAAAUUGCAAUGAUUUGCAUGAAAGGGGUCAGAGAUUGUGGAACCGAUUCUCUGAUUAUGUUAAAGAAAUCAUAGCUCCUUGCUUGACCUCAAGAUUUCAACUUCCAAAUUCGUCAGAUUCAGCAUCUUCUGGUCCCAUUUACCGCCCUUCAAUGUCAUUCAGAAGAUGGAUAUUUUUUUGGAUAAAAAAAUUGACUGUGCAUGCAAUAGGUUCUCGGGCUAGUAUUUUCAAAGCCUGUCGUGGUAUAGUCCGUCAUGACGUGCAAAUAGCAAUGUAUCUUCUGCCAUAUUUAGUCUUGCAUGCUGUGUGUCAUGGAACUGAAGAGGCACGCCAUGGCAUAGCUGAAGAAAUUCUAUUUGUUCUUCGUGCAGCUGCAUCAGAGAGUAACAAUGCUACUGUCCACGGGAUUAGUUCUGGGCAUAAUGAAGUCUGUAUUCAAGCUGUUUUUACUCUUCUUGAUAAUCUGGGCCAAUGGGUGUAUGACGUAGAACAAGAUCUUGCUCUUUCACUGUCUGUUCAAACAUCCAAUUCUAGGCAACAAGCUUUAAAAUUGAAGGAGCAGAAUGAUUCAGAACAGAUGCUUAUGCAAUGUAAACAUGUUUCUGAGCUUUUGGCAGCAAUUCCUAAAGUUACUCUUGCUAGGGCAUCUUUUAGGUGUCAUGCUUAUGCCAGGUCUUUGUUAUACUUUGAAUCUUAUGUACGGGAGAAGUCAGGAUCUUUCAACCCAUCCUCUGAAAAGAGUGGCAUCUUUGAGGAUGAAGACAUUUCAUUCCUAAUGGAGAUAUAUAGUGGCUUGGAUGAACCAGAUGGCUUGUCUGGUUUUGCUUCUCUACGCAAGGCAAAGAGCUUGCAAGAUCAUUUUUUGAUAAAUAAAAAAGCUGGAAACUGGGCAGAAGUUCUAACUUCAUGUGAGCAAGCUCUGCAAAUGGAACCCACAUCUGUCCAGAGGCAUUCAGAUGUUCUUAACUGCCUGCUAAACAUGUACCAUUUGCAGGGCAUGGUUACUUACGUAACUGGAUUAAUGUCGAGGAUUCCUGAAUAUAGGAAAAUGUGGUGCAUGCAAGGUAUUCAGGCUGCAUGGAGACUUGGCAGAUGGGACUUGAUGGAUGAGUAUCUCAAUGGGGCUGAUAAAGAAGGUUUAAUUUGCAGCAAUGCUGAGAGUAAUGCUUCAUUUGACAUGGAUGUUGCAAUGAUUCUUCAAGCAAUGAUGAAGAAAGAUCAAUUCUCUGUUGAUGAGAAAAUUGCAUUGUCCAAGCAAUCUUUGAUUGGUCCUUUGGCUGCUGCUGGCAUGGAUUCUUAUGCACGGGCUUACCCAUUUGUUGUAAAGCUUCACAUGCUACGGGAGUUGGAGGAAUUCAACUUUCUUCUUGGAGGUGAAUCUUUUUUGGAAAAAUCAUUACAUCUUGAUGAACUACAGUUCCCAAAACUAACGGGAAACUGGGAAAACCGACUCAAACUCACUCAACCAUCUCUCUGGGCAAGGGAGCCACUUUUGGCUUUCCGGAGGCUUGUUUUUUGUGCUAGUGGUGUCAGGGAUUCAGUUGGGAAUUGUUGGAUACAAUAUGCAAAGCUUUGUCGCUCCGCUGGUCAUUAUGAGACUGCAAAUAGGGCAAUCUUAGAAGCCAGGGUUGUCUUAGAAGCCACAAUGGCACCUAAUGUCAAUGUGGAAAAGGCUAAGCUUCUCUGGAGCACUAGGCGAGCUGAUGGCGCCAUUGCAGAGCUCCAACAAUCACUUCUGAGUAUGCCUGUGGAGGUUGUUGGUUCUUCAGCAAUAUCAUCUAUCACAAGCCUUUCAUUGGUUCCACUGAACCCUCCACCUCUACUUUCUAAUACCCAGUUUUUAAAUGAGACUAGAGAUGUUGCCAAAACCCUCCUAUUAUAUUCAAGGUGGAUACAUUAUACUGGUCAAAAGAAGAAAGAAGAUAUGAUAAAUCUAUACUCUAGAGUGAAGGAACUGCAGCCCAAGUGGGAAAAUGGAUACUUUUAUAUGGCUAAAUAUUGCGAUGAACUGCUUGUUGAUGCAAGGAAGAGGCAGGAAGAUAAAACGGAACCGCUUUCCAGGGUGGUGCCAUCAAAUUUCAAUCCAGUUUCUUCUACCAGCUUGAAUGCUGAGAAACCAUGGUGGUCUGAUCUUCCCGAUGUACUAUUAUUUUAUGCUAAGGGCCUUCAUAGGGGCCACAAGAAUCUUUUUCAAGCGCUUCCAAGAUUAUUAACUCUUUGGUUUGACUUUGGGAGCGUUUGCCAUCCAAGUAAUGUAGCUUCUACCAGAGACAUGAAAACCAUCCAUGGGAAGGUCAUGAACAUUAUGCGGGGCUGCUUAAAGGAUUUGCCAACCUAUCAAUGGUUAACUGUUUUGCCACAACUCGUUUCUAGAAUUUGCCAUCAGAAUGAAGACACUGUUAGGCUGGUGAAACACAUAAUUACUUCUGUUCUACAGCAAUAUCCACAACAAGCUCUUUGGAUUAUGGCAGCUGUUACAAAAUCACAAGUUUCUUCAAGGAAGAAAGCUGCUGCAGAGAUUAUUCAAGCUGCCAGAAACAGAUCUACUGACAAAGAUGUGAACUCUUUGUUUACACAAUUUGCUACUCUGAUUGACCAUCUAAUCAAGUUGUGUAAUCAUAAUGGUCAACCAAGGGCAAGAACAAUAAAUAUCUCAACUGAAUUUAGUGCUUUGAAGAGGAUGAUGCCAGUGGAUAUCAUUAUGCCAACCCAACAAUCACUUACUGUUAACCUGCCCUCAUAUUAUAUAAAUCAAACUGAUUCUGUUGCAGCUGAUACAUUCUCUUUUACUGAUCUUCCUACUAUAUCUGGAAUUAGUGAUGAGGCUGAUAUUCUUUCUUCACUUCAGCGUCCAAAGAAAGUCAUUCUUUUGGGCAGUGAUGGAAGUGAACGUCCAUUCCUUUGCAAACCGAAGGAUGACUUGAGAAAAGAUGCACGCAUGAUGGAAUUCAAUGCAAUGGUCAAUCGACUAUUGUCUAAAUGCCCUGAGAGUCGGAGGAGGAAGCUUUACAUUCGCACAUUUGCAGUGAUUCCAUUAACAGAGGACUGUGGUAUGGUUGAAUGGGUGCCACAUACUCGUGGUCUUCGACAAAUUCUCCAAGACAUUUAUAUAAGCUGUGGCAAGUUUGAUAGACAGAAAACUAAUCCUCAUAUUAAGCGCAUUUAUGACCAAUGUCAAGGAAAAAUGCCAGCAGAGGAAAUGCUGGAGAACCGAAUCCUUCCAAUGUUCCCUCCUGUUUUCCAUAAAUGGUUUCUAAACACAUUUUCUGAACCAGCUGCUUGGUUUAGGGCUCGAGUUGCCUAUGCACAUACUACUGCUGUUUGGUCAAUGGUUGGGCACAUUGUGGGCCUUGGAGAUCGUCAUGGUGAAAACAUACUUUUCGAUUCUACCACAGGGGACUGUGUUCAUGUGGAUUUCAGUUGCUUAUUUGAUAAAGGAUUGCUAUUGGAGAAACCUGAGCUUGUUCCAUUCAGGCUUACACAGAACAUGGUUGAUGGUUUGGGAAUAACAGGAUAUGAGGGUAUCUUCCUGAAAGUUAGCGAGAUCACACUUUCAGUAUUGAGGAAUCACCGGGAGACACUAAUGAGUGUCCUAGAGACUUUCGUCCAUGAUCCUCUUGUGGAAUGGACUAAAUCUCACAAAUCCAGUGGGGUGGAGGUUCAAAACCCUCAUGCACAGAGGGCAAUCAGCCACAUUGAAGCACGCUUACAAGGAGUAGUAGUUGGUGUUGGAGCUGCACCUUCUUUGCCUCUAGCAGUAGAAGGACAAGCUCGGCGCUUGAUUGCUGAAGCAGUGUCGCACAAAAAUCUUGGCAAAAUGUACAUAUGGUGGAUGCCUUGGUUUUGAGGUUACUAGUAUUCAGAUUUCUCAAUGAUUGACAUCCAUCAGGCCUUAUUCUUGGUCUCCUUUCCAAAUUUUAUGCCACUUACAGAAAGCCCCAUCUGUGAGUAUGCACAGAGGCAUACAACUGAGUACUUAGGUAUAACCUGCAGUAGAGGUGUUUAAGAUGGUAAUUUCCAUCCUCUUGCUUCCUCUCUCCUGUGCAAAGUCGGUGAUUUAGGGCAGGGGUGUUUUUACAUGGUGCUUACCAGCAGAUUCAACAGAAUAGCCCACCCACCAUUGAGCUUGAGUUCUGAUCAACUUGUCUAGUUAGCAAUUGCCCUCGCUGCUCACUUGUUGGUAACCGGCAACCUGGAGAAAUUGGACAAGCUGGUAUAGUUGAUUUGUCAGCUUCUCUUUCAGCUUUAAUUUAAAAAAAAAAUAAAUUCAGUGAUGAUUUUUCAACUAAAGUUCUCUGAUUUGAUGUAAAUUGGCAGCAAGAAUUGGUGGUUGAAGACGGGAUUGGAUUAAGUGCACGCGUGGAGCAGUCUUCAAUUUUGUUUAACCAUGUCAGCCAUAGAUCCAGAAAAUACCCCAAUAGAAAGAAAUCUAGGAUGUACACAGACAGUUGAUGUUAUAUGUUUCAACUGCCAAUGGUGUUAUUGUGAGCAAAAUGAUGAAAAUCCAAUUCUAGAGGCUGGCUGGUUGGCUGGCUUCAUAUGAUAAUGAUAUAGCAUCAACCACUCUUUGAGAA